GGACAAGGCUGAGGAGGUAGAUGGGGGUCCGCCGGCUCCACUUCUGCCCCAGUAUUUGGCCUCCCUGGCUCUGCUGGCGUUGGCCCUCCUGUCUGGUGGGGCCUCUUCUUCCUCUCUUUGCAGUCUCCCCAACCCCCCCAAAACUACUAUGGCGUGCACACACGUGCAGCUUCCCAUGGGAGGUCCCCUUCUGUGCGCUGGACUGCCCCAAACCGCCGGGCUCAGCCUGGAGGAAGCCCUCAGGCUGCUCUGUGCUCCGGGAGCCCUGUCCAGAGACGAAAACCUGUCUGAGAGCUCUAGUUUUGCUUUAUGUUUUUCCCCAAGGCCCUCAUCCCCAUUUGCCACCCCUGAGGGCUCCUCAUCAGACAACAGCGGGCUCAGACUUCUAGGUCUAGACCCUCGGGGCAGAGAGCCUUGUCUUGCAGGUGGGGGCAUGCCCUCAAGGGGUGCAACUUUUUGGAGAGGAUUUGGCAGUGUCUGUGCUCACUGCCAAUGGGCCCAUCCUUUAACCCAGCCAGUCCACUCCUGGGACUGCACAGAGCUGGGGGUUUGCUGCUGCAUGUGCACAGAGCUGGGCGUUUGCUGCUGCACUGUGCCUAGAAACCACAAAGAAGCAAACCAGCCUCGGUGCCCACCAUUAGAGAACUGUCAGAAUAAAUGAAGCAUCUGUGAAAUAUAAUACUGAGCAGCUAUCAAAUAGAAUGGGACGGGUCCGUCAGCGCUGGCAUGGAGAGAGGCCCACCAUCACUUGUUUUAUGUGAAAAAGCAAGUUGCAAACCAUUGUGGAAAGCAGUGACACGCCGAAGGACCCUGCAGUAGCCUCCAAGUCCCUGUCCAUGGCCCAGGACUCAAGCUCCUCAGAGCUCUUACCCAACGGGGACUUGGAGAAGAGGAGUGAGCCCCAGCCAGAAGAGGGGAGCCCUGCUGGGGGGCAGAAGGGCGGGGCCCCAGCAGAGGGAGAGGGUGCAGCCGAGACCCCGCCUGAAGCCUCCAGAGCAGUGGAGAAUGGCUGCUGCACCCCCAAGGAUGGCCGAGGAGCCUCUGCAGAAGAGGGCAAAGAACAGAAGGAGACCAACAUUGAAGCCAUGAAAAUGGAGGGCUCCCGGGGCCGGCUGCGGGGUGGCCUGGGCUGGGAGUCCAGCCUCCGCCAGCGGCCCAUGCCACGGCUCACCUUCCAGGCAGGGGACCCCUACUACAUCAGCAAGCGCAAGCGGGAUGAGUGGCUGGCACGAUGGAAAAAGGAGGCUGAGAAGAAGGCCAAGGUAAUUGCAGUGAUGAAUGCUGUGGAAGAAAAUCAGGGGCCUGGGGAGUCUCAGAAGGUGGAGGAGGCCAGCCCUCCUGCUGUGCAGCAGCCCACCGACCCCGCAUCCCCCACUGUGGCCACCACACCAGAGCCCGUGGGGGCCGACGCCGGGGACAAGAACAUCACCAAAGCUGCCGACGAUGAGCCGGAGUACGAGGACGGCCGGGGCUUUGGCAUUGGGGAGCUGGUGUGGGGGAAACUGCGGGGCUUCUCCUGGUGGCCAGGCCGCAUUGUAUCUUGGUGGAUGACGGGCCGGAGCCGAGCAGCUGAAGGCACUCGCUGGGUCAUGUGGUUCGGAGACGGCAAGUUCUCAGUGGUGUGUGUUGAGAAGCUGAUGCCGCUGAGCUCCUUUUGCAGUGCAUUCCACCAGGCCACCUACAACAAGCAGCCCAUGUACCGCAAAGCCAUCUACGAAGUCCUGCAGGUGGCCAGCAGCCGUGCGGGGAAGCUGUUCCCAGCGUGCCACGACAGCGACGAGAGUGACACUGCCAAGGCUGUGGAGGUGCAGAACAAACAAAUGAUCGAAUGGGCACUCGGGGGCUUCCAGCCCUCUGGCCCCAAGGGUCUGGAGCCCCCAGAAGAGGAGAAGAAUCCCUACAAAGAAGUUUACACAGACAUGUGGGUUGAACCCGAGGCAGCUGCCUAUGCACCACCCCCACCAGCCAAAAAGCCCCGGAAGAGUACAACCGAGAAGCCCAAGGUCAAGGAGAUUAUUGAUGAACGCACAAGAGAGCGGCUGGUGUAUGAGGUGCGGCAGAAAUGCCGGAACAUCGAGGACAUUUGCAUCUCUUGUGGGAGUCUCAACGUCACCCUGGAGCACCCACUCUUCAUCGGGGGAAUGUGCCAAAACUGCAAGAACUGCUUCCUGGAGUGUGCGUACCAAUACGAUGAUGACGGCUAUCAGUCCUACUGCACCAUCUGCUGUGGGGGACGUGAGGUGCUCAUGUGUGGGAACAACAACUGCUGCAGGUGCUUUUGUGUGGAGUGUGUGGAUCUCUUGGUGGGGCCGGGAGCUGCCCAGGCAGCCAUCAAGGAAGACCCCUGGAACUGCUACAUGUGUGGGCACAAGGGCACGUACGGGCUGCUGCGGCGGCGGGAUGACUGGCCCUCCCGGCUCCAGAUGUUCUUCGCCAACAACCAUGACCAGGAGUUUGACCCUCCAAAGGUUUACCCACCUGUCCCUGCCGAGAAGAGGAAGCCCAUCCGGGUGCUGUCUCUUUUUGAUGGAAUUGCUACAGGGCUCCUGGUGCUGAAGGACCUGGGCAUCCAAGUGGACCGCUACAUUGCCUCGGAGGUGUGCGAGGACUCGAUCACGGUGGGCAUGGUGCGGCACCAGGGCAAGAUCAUGUACGUCGGGGACGUCCGCAGCGUCACGCAGAAGCAUAUCCAGGAGUGGGGCCCGUUCGAUCUGGUGAUUGGGGGCAGUCCCUGCAACGACCUCUCCAUUGUCAACCCUGCCCGCAAGGGACUCUACGAGGGCACUGGCCGGCUCUUCUUUGAGUUCUACCGCCUCCUGCAUGACGCGCGGCCCAAAGAGGGAGAUGACCGCCCCUUCUUCUGGCUCUUUGAGAAUGUCGUGGCCAUGGGCGUUAGUGACAAGAGGGACAUCUCGCGAUUUCUCGAGUCCAACCCUGUGAUGAUCGAUGCCAAAGAAGUGUCUGCUGCACACAGAGCCCGCUACUUUUGGGGUAACCUUCCCGGUAUGAACAGGCCAUUGGCAUCCACUGUGAAUGAUAAGCUGGAGCUACAGGAGUGUCUGGAGCAUGGUAGAAUAGCCAAGUUCAGCAAAGUGAGGACCAUCACUACUAGGUCAAACUCCAUAAAGCAGGGUAAAGACCAGCAUUUCCCCGUCUUCAUGAAUGAGAAAGAGGACAUCUUAUGGUGCACUGAAAUGGAAAGGGUGUUCGGUUUCCCUGUCCACUAUACGGACGUCUCCAACAUGAGCCGCUUGGCGAGGCAGAGACUGCUGGGCCGCUCAUGGAGUGUGCCCGUCAUCCGCCACCUCUUCGCGCCACUGAAGGAGUAUUUUGCUUGUGUGUAAGGGACACGAGGGCAGACGGAGGUAGUGACAUAAAGUUCAAACAAAAAACAUGAAAAACACAAAACAAAAAAACAAAAACACCAAGAACACGAGGAUGGAGAGAAGUAUCAGCACCCAGAAGAGAAAAAGGAAUUUAAAGACAAAAACCACAAAUGCGGAAAUACCGGAAGGCUUUGCCUUGCAAAAAAAGGGUUGGACAUCAUCUCCUGAUUUUUUCAAUGUUUAAACUAUUUAAAAACAAAACCGAGCCCCCUCCCUCCCUACCCCCUUUUAUUUUUGGUCAAACCUUUUGUUUUCUACUCUUUCCAGAGGGGUUUUCUGUUUGUUUGGGUUUUUGUUUCUUGCUGUGACUGAAACAAGAGGGUUUAUUGCAGCAAAAAAAAAAAAAAAAAAAAAAAUCAAUGACAAAAAAAUA